AUGUCUAUAAAUGCUCUUCUAUAUGUCUUAAGCCUUGCUUUGCUAAUAUGGACAGGAUCGGUAGUUACUCUUCUCUUGUUACUUUUCUUUUGCCUCUUCCUCUUGUUCUUCUCACUCCACUUUUUUUGUUUUACCCGUGAACACGUACACUAUACGCUCCCACCCAAAUGCCACUCACUUAAAUUCCAAUUCGAUUCGAUUCCGAGUUCGUCGUUGUCUUUGUCUCCUUUUCCUUUCCUUUUUUUCCCACGACUUCGUGCAGUUGCAUUUGCCUCUCCCACUCUGUCUUUUUUUUUUCCCAUUUAG